AUGAGAAUACUCUAUUGGAAUGCACGCGGUAUCGGCAACGAUGACUCUCAGCGUGCCCUUGCUAAUAUGGUACGCUCACAGAAAGCCCUCAUUGUUUGUAUUUCAGAGCCCUUUGUUAACUUUGCAUCUAUUCCUUUCUCUUUUUGGAGGUCCUUGGGCCUUAAACUUGUAACUACUAAUAACCGGGGAUGCCAAGCCCCCAACAUGUGGUUCUUGUGUCAGGAAGCUUUGAGCACACGGGUUAUUUUGAGCUCAGAGCAACAGACUACUGUCUCCUGUUCCUAUGAAGGAGUUCCCUGUAUCAUUACGUCAGUUUAUGCCAAAACCUCAGUUGGGGGACGACGUCAGUUAUGGCAGGAGCUAAACUACAUUCACGCUUUGCAUGGCCAGUGCCCAUGGGUUGUCCUUGGUGAUUUCAACUGUGUUUUGGGUGCCCAUGAAAAACGUGGGGGUCGUCCUCCAAAUGCAGUUUCCUGCCUUGAGUUUAGUCAGACGUGCAAUUCAUGUGGCCUUAUUGACAUUCCUACACAGGGCCUGCGCUACACCUGGUCUAAUAAAUUUACGGAAGUAAGGUUAGAUCGUGCAAUUGGCAACCUCCAGUGGAUGAAUGCAUGGAACCUGAUGGACUGUUGUACUCUCACAAAAGCCACUUCUGACCAUUGUCCCAUCUUGGUAUCUUGUUCAAAGUUGGGUUCUGUUCUGCGUCCUUCCUUCAAGUUCCAGACUAUGUGGCUGCAAAAACCAAAUUUUUUAGAGCUUAUUCGGACUUUCUGGGACUCUCUACAAUUCUUUGGCUGUCCACAGUUUAUUCUGGCCUCCAAGUUGCGCUCUCUGAAAUCCAUGUUAAAAUCAUGGAGCAAGGAUAAUGUGGGGGACGUGCAUGUUCAGGUGAAUAACUCCCGAGCCGCUCUGGAUGCAAUUCAAUCUGAAAUUUCAAUACAUGGUCAAAACGCUGAGAGGACUGCGCUAGAAACGGCAGCCCAAACCAAGUACCUUUUGGACUUGUCCCUCCAAGCAACGUUGCUUCGGGACAAAUCUAGAAUCCGUUGGUUAAAGGAUGGUGACAGGAACACCUCUUUUCUUCAUAAUAUGAUAAAGCUUCGCCGCCUUCAUAAUUCUAUAUCCUCCCUCGUAGUCGAAGAUGUAACGCUCACAAAUCAACCGGCCAUUGCUGCCCAUAUAGAACAACAUUUCCAAGAGGCCUUCACCUGUGAUCCACGCAUUAUGAAUACGGGCUUGGUUGAGAGAACCAUCCCUUCCUUAGUCACUGAUGAGGAAAACGCUUCCCUUCUUGCUAUGCCAUCUCCUGAGGAAGUCUUUGCAGCUGUCAAGUGCAUGGAUGGGAAGAGCGCUCCCGGUCCAGAUGGCUUCGGUGGGGACUUCUUCACUUUUUCUUGGCCAGUAGUCGCAAAUGAUGUUGUUAGGGCAACUCAAAGUUUCUUCCACAAUGGCUUCGUUCUCCCUCAUUUUAAUUCGAAUACCCUUAUCCUUAUCCCAAAGGUAGACGCCUCAGAGAGCAUCUCUGACUUCCGCCCUAUUGCUCUUGCUAAUUUUGUUUUUAAAAUCAUCACAAGGAUUGUUGCAGAUAGACUUGGUCCCAUAGCUUCGCGGAUCAUCUCCCCCAACCAGAGCGCAUUUAUCAAGGGGCGCUCCAUCAUUGACCCCAUUGUUCUUACCUCUGAAUGUAUUAACCUGCUGGAUCAUAAAUGCAAAUAUGGAAAUAUGGCUAUUAAGUUUGAUGUUCGCAAAGCUUUUGACACCCUGGAUUGGAACUUCCUACUACGUGUCUUAAAAGCUUUCGGAUUCAAUGCGAACUUCGUGAGUUAUAUCCAUGCCAUCCUGAAAUCAGCUUAUCUAUCUGUUAAUGUCAAUGGGCAGGCUCAUGGCUACUUCACAUGCUCCAGAGGAGUCAGACAAGGUGACCCUUUAUCGCCUCUUCUCUUCUGCCUUGCUGAGGAGGUGCUUAGCCGACGGCUUUCCUCUCUUAUCUCCACAAAUAAGAUUAAAAGUCUUGCAGCGCCGUUAGGCAUCUCCCCGCCUUCCCACGUGCUCUUUGCAGAUGACAUUAUGGUGUUCGUGCAAGGUAAACCUUCUCAUCUGCGGAACCUGCUUUCUUUUAUGGAUGAGUAUGCUUUGAAUUCUGGCCAGGUUAUAAAUAAAACGAAGUCUCAUUUGUUCCUUGGGAAACAUGCUUUGUUGUGGCAUCAUAGCACUAGCCGGAUUUUGGGGAUCCAUGUGGACAAACUUCCCUUCACAUAUCUGGGAGUCCCAAUUUUCACUGGCCAUCCGAAACCUGAGCACCUUGUUUCAAUUGCGGACAAAGUGCGCUGUAAGCUAAGCUCUUGGAAAGGUAGGCAAUUAUCUCAAGCAGGUAGAGUACAGCUCAUUUCCUCAGUGAUCCAUGGCAUUUUGAUAUACAGUUUUCAAGUUUAUGAAUGGCCCAAGGCCCUGCUAAAGAAAGUUCAAAGAUGGAUCAGGAACUUCUUUUGGAACGGGGACCCUCUCAAGGAUGGCUCCGCCCUUAUCGCCUGGAACACAGUCUGUACCCCAAAAGAGCAGGGGGGAUUAGGACUAAAAAACAUCUUCACUUUGAACAGAGCCUUGCUUCUCAAAAGAUGUUGGGACGUUGCCUCUCGAGCGUCCACCUCUGCCAACUUUUUGCAUGAUCGGUUUGUAAAAAUUGGUCUGCAACCAUACUCCUAUUAUAAAAAAUCCUCGGUUUGGCUGGGUCUCAAGAAGCUCUGGCCACGGUUGCUGGAAGGGGUUCAGUGGCUUGUUGGUAAUGGAAAAUCCAUUAGAUUCUGGCGUGACAAUUGGUUGGGGGAAACCCUCGCUACUUCCCUCAACUAUGUUCACGAGGUUCAAAAGUUAUUGAAUGACAAAGUGUCUUGCUUCAUUGCGAAUGGCCGGUGGAACUUACCAGCAAGCUUCUAUCGCACGUUGCCUGCUCUUGCCCAGUCCAUCCGCUCAAUUGAUCUCCCAGAGGAGCCCUCCCCUGAUCAGGUUAUUUGGUCUGAAACGGCGUCUGGAUCAUUGACAUCCAGCGAUGCUUACAACGCCUUAGAUCCUUCUAUGCUUGGCCCUUCAUGGUGCAAGCACAUUUGGCAUGCUGCAAUACAACCUAGAAAGAGUGUCACCACUUGGAAAGUCUUGCAUGGAAAAAUUCAUACAGAUGAUUUUCUUCAAAAACGGGGUACAAGCCUGUGUUCUAGAUGCCUCAUUUGUGGGACAAAUUCUGAAUCACAUAUGCAUCUUUUUCAGACUUGUGAGAUCACCAGUUCAUUAUGGCAUUGGCUCCACCACCUCUUCAGAUUGCGAUUCCCCCCAGGUGCGUCGCUCCAUGAUUUUUUCCUUUAUAAUUUGCUGUCCCCCCUCGACUAUUCCUCCAAGUUACUGUGGUACAUAGCUGUCUGCAACCUCCUUUGGUGCAUCUGGCAAGAAAGGAACGCAAGAAAGUUUGAUGGGGGAGCUUUUUGUCUAUCAAGAUUUAAGCAGUUUUUCACCCUAUCACUAAGGGAAUCCGCAGGGUUAAUAUUUGCCUCAUCCUCCCUGGCAUCCUCUGUAACCCCCAUUUUCGGCCUAUUGGGCAUCUCCCCCCUCCGCCCCAUGGCACCUCGCUAUAUUCCAGUCACAUGGACUCCCCCGCCAGAGAAUUGGUUCAAAGCAAAUUCAGAUGGCUCUUUUCGUGAUCCCAACCAUGCUGGCUUUGGUGGCAUUUUUAGAAACAGUGAGGCAGCUUUCUUAGGCGCCUUCUCUUGUAAAGCAUUUGUGCCAUGGGCAAUUGACACUGAGUUAUUAGCAGUAAUGGCGGUUGUUAAAGUGGCAAGUGAUCGUAACUGGUUUCCUCUAUGGUUAGAGACCGAUUCAAUGUUGGUUAUGCACUACUUUAACAAUCCAUCCAGGGUGCCUUGGCGUCUUCGUACUAGAUGGAAAAACUGUGUUGCUUCGAUUCGCCAAUUGCAAAUGCACAUCUCCCAUAUCUAUAGAGAAGGGAACCGUGUGGCCGACAAGCUGGCUAAUUUUGGAGCCAUGAAUGACAGUCCAACUUGGUGGGAUUCAAUUCCGCCUUUCCUGAUUAGCGCUUUUGGUCAUGACUAUUCAGGCCAGACGGACUACCGGUUUCGUUAA